GCAGAGCACGGAACUCAUAAUUAAAUAUUUUUAAAACAAUUAUCCUCGAACGUGAAUCGUAUUCAAAUGUGUGAUUUACUCUUCCGCAGGUAAGGAACGGUUGACUGACAGCUGCUCGUGGUGUCAGUGUUGCAGUGUGAACUACAAUAACCAGAAGCAGGUUGAUGUUCGUGCCGUCGACAGUGGAUGACAGCGGCUGCUAAGCUUUAGAGAAUAAAGCACGCGUCGCCAGAGGAAAUUACUGCGAUUGUGAUAUUACGUAGUGAAAUGUUGUGUUUGUUUCCAUCUGCGUUAGCAUCGAUUCUCUUUUACUCAUUGGCCUUUGAGGAGGGAUCCCGGAAGUGUUAGCCGUGCACAGUGGUCGCAGCCCGUUUAGCCGAGGCUAAACCGGAGACAGGAUAUAGAUGAACCCAGACGGGACCAGCCCCAUGAGCCGGCAGCAGCAGCAUCAGCAGCAGCAGUCACACCCUUGUCUGGAGGUAACACUGGACUAACUGUGUCUGCUGACCACCAUGACACUGCCCUCCCUCUCACGCUGCUGCUGCAAAUACGUGUCCUCCUCAAACUGCUGAGCCUGAGAGCGCGAGUUAACCAGGAUGCGUGGACUGGAUCUGACUGACUCAUCAUCAUCAUCAUGGCCCGGAGAGAAGAGAUAACCCUGACCAGGCUCUGUGCUGCAGUGUUAACCAGGCAGCCCCACAACUAGCCGGACAGCUCAGUCCUCCAGCCGGUCGCUCUGUAUCUGUGUAAAUGAUAAGACCUCGCAGUCAGAGUGGCGUCAUGAAUUCCCCCGUGUACACCUUUGUCACCCGUGACGACAACAGCACAGUUUAUGCAGAAGUUUCCAAAAUCCUGCUCUCGACUGGACAAUGGAAGAGGCUGAAAAGAGACAAUCCCAGAUUCAACUUGAUGCUGGGAGAACGGAACCGACUGCCCUUCGGACGUCUAGGUCAUGAACCAGGACUGGUUCAGCUGGUGAACUACUACAGAGGAGCAGACAAGCUUUGCAGGAAGGCAUCCUUGGUCAAGCUGAUAAAGACCAGCCCGGAGCUGUCCGACUCCUGUAACUGGUUCCCAGAAUCCUACAUCAUCUAUCCCACUAACCUCAACACCCCGGUUGCUCCAGCCACAAAUGGCAUUAGCCAUCUGAAGAACAAUCCUAAAACAGAUGAGAGGGAGGUUUUCCUGGCCUCUUAUCACUCUAAAAGAGAUAGUGGGGAGGGUACAGUGUGGAUAGCAAAGUCUUCUGCUGGAGCUAAAGGGGCUGGUAUUUUGAUAUCUCAUGAUGCUAAUCAGCUGCUGGAGUACAUUGAUAAUCAGGGACAGGUUCAUGUCAUUCAGAAGUACCUGGAGAAACCUUUACUUCUGGAGCCGGGACAUCGGAAAUUUGACAUUAGGAGCUGGGUGUUAGUGGACCAUCAGUAUAAUAUCUAUUUGUACCGGGAGGGUGUGCUGCGGACUUCCUCAGAGCCCUACAACAACUCUGACCUCCAGGACAUGACCAGCCACCUGACCAACCACUGCAUCCAGAAGGAGCACUCUCUGAACUACGGGCGGUAUGAGGAGGGGAACGAGAUGUUCUUUGACGAGUUCAAGCUGUACCUGCUGAACACUCACAAUAUCGUCCUGGAGACCAGCAUUUUACCUCAGAUCAAGCAGAUCAUAAAGAGCUGUCUUUCAUGUAUUGAGCCGUCCAUCAGCACCAAGCACCUGUCCUACCAGAGCUUCCAGCUCUUUGGAUUCGAUUUCAUGUUGGACGAGAGCUUCAAAGUGUGGCUCAUUGAGAUCAACGGAGCUCCAGCCUGUGCACAGAAACUAUAUUCAGAGCUAUGUCAAGGUAUUGUGGAUGUGGCCAUUUCCACUGUCUUCACUCUGAACAGCAGCAGCGACCCCUCAUCUGCCUCCUCCUCUCCUUAUUCCUCCUCUCCAUCCUCCAUGUUCACCACCAACUCCUGUUCCUCUCCCAAACUGAGAGCACCUCUUCACGUCGGCCCUUUCACUCGACUGUAAGCUCACACUCGUCUCCUCCAAACUAGAAACUUCCUCAUGCUCUGUCCUCGCCCAUAGAAGAGAUGUAGCACACAGCAGUGAGCAGAGCCUUUAAUUCAAACCUCCCACUCCCCAAUUCCCCAGGCAAGUCAGGCGAGGUUAAGAGGGAGUCUCUCUUUUCAUGGAAAUCACUGAACUGCAGAAUUAAUCUCUGCGCUCCUCGUUAUGCAUAUCAUAAACGUGCGGAUGCUGAUGAACGGAUCGACAAACUAUGUGGGAGUUUCUGAAUGAGGACGAGAUCAUUCCAUCUCAGUCCCGACACCACCGCCGACAGUUUUCUCCAUGAGAAGAUGAAUGGAGCUCUGAGGGAUGUAGAGAUGCUGCCAAGUGAGACUGUAGUGCCUUACAUUUCCAACCAUGCUCCCUUAAAAAGACUGCCAGUUAGCUUGCUCUGUUACCGUGACUCGUACUUGUUCUAUAAGCCUUUGCACUGUUGCAGUCAAUGCGGUCCCGAUCCGUCCACAUGAGUAAGCAUAAAACAGAUUCCUUGAUAAGAUCUUGGUGAACUUGUUAUUUUUUCAUCAGAAACGUAUUUUUAUUAGUUAACAUCGUUUUAAUUUGAAUCUAUUUCUUGACAUGCAGAAUGCUAACAAGCCACAGGGACCGCUCUAAGCUAAUUCAUGACUCCCUUAUAUAAUAGUAGCUAAUAUACAAACCAAAUAAGUCUGAUGAGUGAACCAGUCAACGUGUCAUGGUCCUCUCACUUCACAAUGUGGACACUAAAUAGUAUUUACACUGAGGGCAGGAUAGUGGCAUUAGUGAUCAGGGAGAUCCUCCUUUUGCUCAAACACCAAGUUUACAGCAAGCUCCCUGACCUCUGACCUCUCUAUGAAAACGACUCCGUUAAUAGAGCUGAGCAGUGUGCUUCCGGAAGUGAAGCUCCCAUUCAUCGUCCUGAAUGAGAUGUUUGAUUAUCAGCCAUAAUAUUACAGCGAUAUAUUCUCCUGUGGAAGCCACAAGGUCAUAAGAUAUCAACUGUGUUCAAAGAAUAAUGUGUUUUAUUUUCAAUGAGAAGUACAACACUACCCACAAUCCUCGGGUGUAAGAGUGACAGCUAUGAUUGGUAGAGCUUGCUGUUACCAUGGAACUGUUAACCACAACCACAAAAAUCAGUACAAUCGUAUCUUUUAGCGUUACUACACAAUGUUACUAAACUAUACACUAUAUGAAACGCUGUAUACGAGCACACAAGACACAAACUACAAUAUAUUGCAAUACUACAUCAACGACAAAGUUGAAUUGAAGAAGAAACAAGUUGGAAGUCAUUGGAAAGGGAUCAUUCGCAAUGGUUUAUGGGAUGCGCAGUUCAUUUGCUCUUAAAAUAAUUAUGUCUUGCUCUCUGAAACGUCAAUUCAGAAAAUGAAUGGGAAAUUUACUCCAAAUUCGAGAGCCAUUCUUUCAGUGGGGCAGUCACUGUUCCGCUCAGUGACGUAUAGGUCGACAUUAUUCUGUUCUCAGCAGAUUCACUGCAGAGUUUAGUUAAACUGAAGACAUUUUGAUUUGUCAUUUGAAGAGAGCAUGUUUGUGUGAACGCAUGCAGUAGAAUGCAUCCUCAUAAACAGAACCUUUUGCCCCCAGUUUGUAAAGAGCUUCCCUGAAGUCUGUGUUCUUCUUCUGAAAAGAUAAGAGUGUAAAUGUAAAGUGUUGUCAAUAACUGUGUGGAUUAUGUUCUUAUUGUUGAAAUGAAAGUAGAAUAGAUAGUUCAACGUUUGUUGUUGAUUAUUAGAAUUAUUGUAAGACCCCAUGAACUGAAACAAGUAAACAUUUGUUUAUAAGGGAGCUGAUGGAGACCAAAAGCGAACCCAACAAACGUGCUGUGUGCAAUGUGGGUUGCAAAGAGACGUCCCAGUAAACACAUGCAGGUCUUGAUGUCACUGCUUCUUCUGCAGUUACUGUCUCUUGACGCAAAUUUCAUUACAUUUUUAUGUUUAUUUUUCGUUUCAUGGGGUCAUAAAAACAUUUGAGUUCUUUUAUUUUCACUCUUUGUGAAUAGCUAAGACAUGAGAUGGAACUGUCUAAGUUUCUUUAGUCCAUAAUACUUCAGUAGUUUUUUCCUCCCAGUCUCAGGAGGAUAGUGUGUUUCCAUUCAAAAUCUGUGGCAUGCUGGGUUGUUGAUUUUUGUUGUGUUUGCAGGAGGCUCAUUUUAGAUACAGAACAUGUUAAUAGUUCUCUAAUAAUGUUAGAAACCCUGCUGCUCCUCUGUUUUAACCUCAGUUCAGACGUGUGAGGCUUUGGGUCCCACAUAAAAUGAGUAACAAGUUAAGGGACACCAUCACAGCAUUUAUUCAUAUUUUGAAUCUCCUUGUAUUUGUGUUUACUAUAUAACUCUGAAGAAUGAAGGAUUGUGAGUGGUUGUAGGUCAGAACAAUGGGAUUGUCUUGGGCAGGUUACACUGACAAAAUACAACUUUGUUGUAAAAUGAAUCCCAGAAGUCCUGCUGUGGCUGAACAGAUGUUUUGAAAGAUGAUAAUGUAAGUUAAAAAAAAUUGGUUUGUAGGGCAUAAUUAUGUUGUUAAUUAAUUUACAAGGGUUUGAUAGCGGAUUUUGGAAAUCCAAAAGCAAACUAUCAGUAUUAUUUAAUUAAAUUUGUUCGGAAGUGUCUUUCCAUCAAAGGGACGGGUGCCUUAGAGGGAAUAUUGCAUAUUCAUUUUUUAAAAAAAGCAAUGAACCUCCAACAUUGAAAUGCACCUUCAUUUGUUUGUACUGAAGUGAAUUUGCUUUUCUCAUUUUUCAACCUUUUUUAGAUUCAGUGAUGUAAUUUCUUUGUCGUCAGAGUUUAUUUGCACAUCUAACUCAUUUUCUCAUGUUUCGUUUAUUUCUCCUCAUCUUUACCAAAGAUCAAAUUCCAGUUGUAAAAUGUUUUGUACUUACUUUAACCUGAACGUCAUCACAUCGACUGGCCAACGGGAUCGUAAAGCAAGUAUCAUAUUCAGGGGGACGUGUGUGCUGUGCUUUUGUUCAGUAAUGUUUUAUUCAGAUUCUUGCAUGAACAUUUGUCUUUAUCAGAAACAAUACUGCUAGAAUAAAAAAAUACUAUCAUCAAA